AUGAGAAUCGAAACCUGCUACUUCUGCUCUUCGCCCGUAUACCCGUCAAAGGGCAUAACCUUCGUGCGCAAUGAUGCCAAGGCCUUCCGCUUCUGCAAAUCAAAAUGCCACAAGAACUUCAAGAUGAAGCGCAACCCCCGCAAGCUCGCCUGGACAAAGUCUUUCCGUCGCGCGCACAACAAGGAAAUGACCGUCGACUCGACCCUCACCUUCGCUCAGCGCCGCAACGUGCCCGUGCGAUACAACCGCGAUCUGAUCCAGACCACCCUCAAGGCCAUGGGCCGUGUAUCCGAGAUCCGGCAGAGGAGAGAGCGCGCCUUCUACAAGGCCCGCAUGCGUGGCAACAAGCAGAGGCAGCGUGAGGAGGACAGGAAGUUGGUUGAGGAGAACCAGCAUCUGCUGCCGCCGAGCGAGCGAUUUGCCAAGGACGAGGUUGAGCAGGAAGACAUGGAGGUCGAUGUGCAGAAGGUCAAGGACAAGGUUGCGGCAAGGAGGAAGGAGCUCGAGGCUGAGGAGAGCGAGCUCAGUGAGCUCGAGGAGACGACACCCAAGACGAGGAGCAAGACUAAGAAGAUGAUGAAGAGGAAGGUUGGCGGCGGUGUUGAGGCUAUGGAUGUUGACGAGUAG